AUGGAAAACAUGGGAAAUGAAUCAGAUUCUGAAAAUUCUGAGAGCAGCUCACCUCAUGCAGGUAUUCUGAAGUAUUUGGAAGAAAAAGGAAUUCACAACAAAGAGGUCAUAGUUUUCAUUUCAGGAAAAGGAACAUUUUCAUCAGUAAUAUCAGCAAGGUAUGAUAAAAUGCACAUGGAAGUUGCUCUUAAAAUUAUUGACACAAGGCCCGGCUCAGAUUUUAUCGUACGUUUUCUUCCACGAGAACGUAACAUUGUACAGCAACUCAAUCAUGCAAACAUUAUUAAAAAUUUUGAAGUAAUCGACAAGCUUCCGUAUGUCUGUUUCGUUCAAGAAUAUGCCUCGCACGGGGAUUUACUGCAAAAAAUAAAAAAAAAUGAUCGAAUCGAAGAAAGUGAAGGACAGUUUUAUUUUCGACAACUUAUUGAAGCACUCAUAUAUUUGAAAUCAUUAUGUAUUGCACAUCGUGAUAUUAAAUGCGAAAAUAUAUUCUUGGAUAGUUGUGAUAACGUGAAACUUGGCGAUUUUGGAUUUGCGCGAUAUAUGAAAUCUGAUGAAUUAUCGCAUACAUUUUGCGGAUCUCGCGCUUAUGUCGCCCCCGAAUUGUUGAGGUCACGUCCAUAUAAUGGUUUUCUUGCUGAUAUUUGGAGUGCUGGUGUUGUGUUGUAUGUUAUGGUGACGGGUUAUAUGCCUUAUGAUGAUCGAAAUAUGACUAAAAUGUUAGAAAAGCAACUUCAGCAUCGAAUAGCCUUUCCACGUCGUCGAUCAUUAAGUACGGAAGUGAAAGAGCUUAUCUAUGCAAUGGUCCAUCCUGAUCCACUACUACGUCGAUCAUAUCCAGAUAUCAUCAAGUCUUCGUGGCUUGUCGACAUAAAAUAUGAAAUUCGUUCAGAACCAUUUGAUCCGGAAGAAUCAACUCAGUCUCCUUAG